CAGGCUUUCUUCUAUAAAAACAUUUCCUCGUUACCGGUUGUCCAGUUUUACGUAAAAAUAUCAGAUCUACAACACUACGUAACAUUCACCGUUUAUUUUGACUACCUGCAAAAAAAUAGGUCAAAAGAGAUUUCAAAUGUUGAACUUCGCAUUUACUAAGCAAGGUCAGUCGUAUAGGUUCUUUGAACGUGUCGGACGAUCCAGUCUUCGGUCUAGCAACCGGACUUUUUACGCCAGCUUUCCGUUAUAUCGUCUAAUUAAAAGCAACGCAUAAAAUUUUGUGAAGGUUUCUUGUGUUUAUCCAGCCAGAUUUGUUUCAACAGAGCCAAAGAAAUUAGUGAAGAUGGAUGUGCAACUAAAAUUACUGUACGAAAAUCCGGUGUUUCGAAGUUAUUUGUUUUACACCGCAAUUCUAACCAUUAAAAUGAUGUUUAUGUCACUGUUGACGAUUAGGCAAAGAGUCAUGAACAACUCAUUCGUUAGUGAAGAAGAUGCAAUGUAUUUAAAGGGAAUGGUUUCUAGAACGAAUGAACACGUAGAAAGAGUGCGUAGAGGUCAUCGGAAUGACAUGGAAAACAUAUACUUGUUUUUUGUGAUUGCCUUUGCCUAUAUUUGGACAGAUCCAAAUCCAUUUUUGGCGAAUUUCCUGUUUUUUGCUUUUACUGUAGCAAGAAUUGUCCACACGUGUGUGUACACUGUUGUCAUUAUGCCUCAACCAAUCAGAGGACGAGCUUGGCUUGUGGGCUUCUUUGUUACUGGAUAUAUGGCUGUUAGAACAUUACUCCACUUUUGUGUGAAAGUUUCCUCUAGUUAUCUACACCUAUCAGUUUACUUAAAUAGUAUGGUGAACACAACGGGUUCUGUAAAACCUGUAGAAAAUUUUAUACUAACUCUAAGUAACCCAGCAUUUGGCGUAUAUUUAUUAUGCGCCUGUUUAUUAGUUCUAAAAAUGAUGGGAGUGACUUUGUUGACCAUUUACAACAGAUUUAGACACAAGGCUUUUAUAUGUCCUGAGGAUGCCAAAUGGUUACGAGGUCAGGUCGUUGUUAAUGAUACCGUCGAAAGAAUACGAAGGGCACACCAAAAUGAUCUGGAAAAUAUUCCGAUCUUCCUGGCUGCUGGUUUUGCCUACCUUUGGACUCAUCCUUACGUAUGGUUGGCUUCGAUUUUAUAUAUCGGUUUUACGAUUCUCAGAGUCCUUCACACAAUUGUUUAUGCUUUGAUCAUUCUUCCUCAACCCACAAGGGCUAUGUUGUGGCUUGGAGGAUUUUUGAUAACUGGAUACAUGGCUAUACAUAGUGCUAUAUAUGUGUUUAUUUAUUUAGUGACGUGAAUAUUGUAAAUGGACGAUGUGUUUUUAUCUUCUUAAGUGAAAUUUAACUUUGUUUAAAUGUGUGUGUAAUUAAAUAAUCAUAUUCGUUAAUACUUGUUAGCGUGGUCUAUGAGGUACUGUAUAUAUUAUUCUGUUGUAUUGUUUAUAAUAUUACAUGUAAUAUUUAAAUGGCGCUUUUUCCUACUUUAUAGUAAAUA